CUGUCUCAUGCUUCAACCCCUUCUUACCCCUUUCCACUAUAUAUAAAUCUCCAAGCACUCUUCUUCUCCCUCUCAAAACAACACAACACGUAUCCUAACACCACUUCUACUAAAUACACCUAUUUAACAACUUCUCUCUCUUCUCAUGACGAGCUUAGUCAGCUCAACAACUAUGGCUAUCACCAUGGACAUGGACAUGGACAUGGACCUUGACUUCUCCGGAUACAGCACCAUCACCAGCACCCCAACUUCCGACGAUGACUACGGUUGCAACUGGAACCACUGGUCCCCCGUCGUCAACUGGGACGCCAUCACCGGAGGCCAAGACGAUUUCCACAACCUAAUCGAUUCCAUGAUGGACGUCGACGGAGUGACGCUCAGCCCCGAUUACGGCGCCAGCAACUCCGUCUCCACCACCGAGGAGGACGAGGACGUCGAGGUGGAACCACCACCACAACCAGCAGCAGUCGCCGGCGACGAUUUCAAGGGCCUGAGGCUCGUGCACCUCCUGAUGGCCGCGGCGGAGGCUCUCACCGGCGCAAACAAGAGCCGCGACCUGGCUCGAGUGAUAUUGGUUCGGCUCAAGGAGUUGGUGUCCCAAGCCCACACCCACGGCACCAACAUGGAGAGACUCGCGGCGUAUUUCACGGACGCGCUACAGAGUCUGCUAGAAGGCGCAGGGGGUGCGCACAAUAACCACCACCACCACAACAAACAUUACCUCACGUGCGGGCCCCACCAUCGCGACGAGCAUCAACAAAACGACAUGCUCGCAGCGUUCCAACUGCUUCAGGACGUGUCACCUUAUGUCAAGUUCGGUCACUUCACCGCUAACCAGGCCAUCCUUGAGGCCGUGGUCCACGAGCGUCGCGUCCACAUCGUAGACUAUGACAUCAUGGAAGGGGUCCAAUGGGCCUCCCUUAUACAGGCCCUCGCCUCAGACAAAAACGGCCCAUCGGGCCCACAUCUCCGCAUCACCGCAUUGUCGCGAACCGGCACCGGACGGAGAUCCAUCGCCACCGUGCAAGAGACCGGGCGCCGGUUGACGGCGUUCGCUGCCUCCUUGAACCAGCCGUUUUCGUUUCACCACUGCAGGUUGGACUCCGACGAAACGUUUCGUCCCUCCGCGCUGAAGCUUGUUCGAGGAGAGGCCUUGGUGUUCAACUGCAUGCUGAACCUGCCGCACCUGAGCUACCGGUCGCCAGAUUCGGUUGCGUCGUUCCUUGACGGAGCGAAGGCGUUGAGACCGAGGCUGGUGACGCUGGUGGAGGAGGAGAUGGUGCCGGUUGUUGGUGGUGACGUGGGAUUCGUGGUUCGGUUCAUGGAGUCGCUCCACCAUUACUCGGCGGUGUUUGAUUCGUUGGAGGGUGGGUUUCCGAUGCAGAGCCGGGCCAGGACAUUGGUGGAGCGGGUGUUCCUUGGGCCCAGGAUAGCGGGCUCGUUGGGCCGGAUAUACAGAACGGGUGGAGGGGAGGAGAGAGGGUCGUGGGGGGAGUGGUUGGGUGCGGCGGGGUUCAAGGGAGUUCCUAUAAGCUUCGCGAAUCAAAGUCAAGCGAGGCUGUUGAUGGGUCUUUUCAACCAUGGGUAUGGGGUGGAGCAGUUGAAUGCUAAUAAAUUGGUGUUGGAUUGGAAAUCAAAGCGUUUGCUUUCUGCCUCCCUUUGGACUUGUAGUUCUUCCCAAUCGGAUUUGUAGGUAGCUAAAUUAUUCUUAUCAUGUGCCCUCUCAAAUUCGUUUAAUUUCUUGACCCUCCAAAAAAGGAAACAAAGAAAUGUUUUGGUUAUUUUCCAUUUAUGGUAGUUUCAGUUUCAGGAUCUUUGCUAACGAGAGUGUGACUAGUCCCCUAAGAGAAGAAGACCUGAGUCCUAAUUGUCUUCUUUCUCACAUCUGUGAUUAUUUUCUUGGUUCAUGAA